AUGACAAUCGAUUACAUAGAUGACCAAGAGCCUAUCGCCAUUAUUGGCAUGGCAUGUCGUCUUCCCGGGGAUACUUCGUCGCUGGGGGAUCUAUGGGAUAUGAUCAGCCAUGCCAGGACAGGCCACGGCAAGGUUCCUGCUGACCGGUGGGAUGCUGAUAUCUUGCAUCAUCCAGAUCCUGACCGAAAAGGAGGAAUCAGUGUCAAGCACGGCUACUUCCUCCAACAAGACAUCGGCCACUUUGAUGCCCCCUUCUUUUCCACCACAGCCAAGGAGGCGGCCGCCAUGGACCCCAUGAAGCGUCUUCUUCUCGAAGUCAGUUACGAAAGUAUCGAAAACGCCGGCAUUCCCGUCGAGAAACUGAUGAACAGCCCAACGGGAUGCUACGUCGGCUGCAUGACCAACGACUACGAGAUGCUCUCGCUCCGGGACAUGUACGAUAUCGGCCACACUGCCGCAUCAGCCACCAGCGAAGCCAUGACCGCAAACCGCGUGUCAUGGUUCUACGGGCUUAAAGGUCCCAGCUUGACGCUCGACACGGCUUGUUCGUCGAGCUUGUACGCUUUGCAUCUUGCCUGCCAGUCUCUCAGGUUAGGCGAGACCAACAUGUCCCUAGUGGCCGGUGUCAACCUCCUCCUCUUCCCCAAUACCAUGCAUCAGUUGUCGGCUAUGCACAUGUUGAGUCCGGAGGGCAUUUCGCAUACGUUUGAUGAUCGCGCCAAUGGCUAUGGUAGGGGUGAGGGGAUCGCCUGUGUUGUCGUCAAGCGGCUCUCGGAUGCCCUGCGUGACGGGGAUACUAUCCGAGCCGUCGUCAGAGGCACCGGUGCCAAUGCCGAUGGAAAGACCCCCAGCAUCACACAGCCUAGCAGCCAGGCACAGGCAGAGCUCAUCACGAGCACUUACAAAACCGCCGGGCUGGACCUGACCGAGACACAGUAUUUCGAGUGCCAUGGUACAGGCACUCCUGUCGGUGACCCCAUCGAGUUGGAAGCUCUAGCCUCGACAUUUGGCGCCGCCAGGGCUGCAGCCGGCCUAGGCCCCUUAUACAUCGGCAGCAUCAAACCCAACGUCGGCCACACCGAAGGCUGUUCCGGGCUAGCCGGCAUCUUCAAGGCCGUCGCUUGUCUGGAAAGCGGCAAGCUGGCGCCAACGUACGGAGUCGAGACCAUCAACCCCAAACUCAAGCUCGCCGACUGGAACCUAACCCUACCCCGCGAGACAACGCGGUGGCCGACGCGGGGACAGCGCCGCGUGAGCGUCAACUCGUUCGGCUUCGGAGGCGCCAACGCCCACGCCAUCCUCGACGACGCGCACCAUUACCUCGCCAGCCGGGGUCUCGUCGGGCACCACAGCACCACGACCCCCGAAGACGACGACGGGGACGACUCCGAGUCCGGUAUCAGCGCCGGGCCCGCCACGCCCAUCUCUGAGACGGAGCUGUCCACGAAACGUCUGUUCGUCUUCAGCUCCAAGGACCAGGCUGGUCUGCAACGGCUGGCGAAAUCGUACGGCGAGGCCCUUUCCAAGGCUCGCGUGGAUGGUGAGGAGUACAAAUACCUCGUCAACCUCGCCUACACACUGUCAGAGAGGCGCUCGCAUUUCGAUUUUCGCGGGUUCUGCGUCGCGCCCUCUCUCAAGGCGCUUACGUCCCAGCUAGCCAAGGGUCUUGUCAAGACGAAGCGCUCCCCUCGUCAGAAGACCAACCUCGUGUUUGUGUUUACCGGACAGGGAGCUCAGUGGCCUGCUAUGGGCGUUGAGUUGUUGCGAAACCCGCAGUUUGGGGAGAGUGUGCAGAAGUCGCAGGUCUAUCUGGAGGAUCUCGGUUGCAGGUGGAAUGUUGUUGAGGAGCUUCGAAAGACGGACGACUCCCGCAUCAACCUCCCUGAAUUUAGCCAGACGCUUUGCACGGUGGUUCAGGUUGCGCUCGUGGAGCUGUUGAGAUGCUGGGGAGUUCAUCCGAGGGCGACGGUAGGGCAUUCGAGUGGCGAAAUUGCCGCUGCUUAUGCUGCCUCCUACAUCACCCACGCCGACGCCAUCAAGAUCGCCUACGUACGAGGCCUCCGGUCCGCAGCAGUCACCAAGAAUGGCGCCAUGCUGGCAGCAGGCGUAUCUCGAGAAGAAGCGCAAAAGUACCUCGCCGAGGUGCCGCCCUCGUCAGCCGUGGUGGCGUGCAUCAACAGUCCAUCCAGCAUAACCCUCUCAGGCGACGUCGAAUCCAUCGACAAGCUCGAAAAGCUCAUCUCGGGCGACGCCAAGUUCGCGCGCAAGCUGAAGGUCAAGACGGCCUACCACUCGCCGCACAUGGAGACGGUCGCGCAGAGUUACCUCGAGAAGAUGGGCCACAUCGCCACUGUCUCGGGCGAAGGAGAUGGAACCCCCGGCGGCACGGAGCGAACGUUCAUGUAUUCGUCGCUCACGGGUGGACUGGUGUCCCCUGACGACCUGAGCGCGCAGUAUUGGGUCUCCAACAUGUGCGCCCCCGUCGAGUUCUCCACGGCCGUGACGAGCCUGCUCGCCCACGACCACGCAUCAGGGGGGAAGCAGAAGAGAAAGUCACACGUCGCCUGGGACGGGUUCGUCGAGAUUGGUCCUCAUGCUGCGCUCAAGGGACCCGUUCAGCAGAUUAUGACCGCCAGCGGAAACAAGACGGCCAAGGAAGCCGCUUACAUGUCCAUGCUCUCUCGUGGCGAGGACGCCACGGAGUCGAGUCUCGCCGUGGCUGGGAAGCUCUGGGCGAUGGGUCAUGCCGUUGACUUGUACAACGUUAACGGACACGGCCGUCUCUCUCCCAGCCUGCCCCUGAAGCCGCUGUCUGAUCUUCCCCCUUAUCCGUGGAACCAUGCGAGGAGGUUCUGGCACGAGGCCUACUCGACCAGGUCGAACCGGUUCCCUUCGGCGCCGCGGACCGAUUUGCUCGGUGUGCCUGUUGACAUGCAAAACAGAUUCGAACCAAAGUGGAGGAACCAUCUGCGCAUUUCGGAGAACCCCUGGAUCGAAGAUCACCAGAUCACGGGGACCACGCUCUACCCUGCGGCGGGCAUGUUGAUCAUGGCUCUUGAAGGUGCCAUGCAACUGCGUGACACGGGCAGGAAGCUGCAGGGGCUCAGGUUUCGAGACGUCAGCUUCGAACGUGGUCUCGUCGUCCCGGCGGACGAGGACGGGGCGGUUGAAACCUCACUCAGCCUGUUGCCAGACAGGGAUGUGGUGGGACAAUACGGGUUCACCAUUUUCUCCACGACCAACUCGACUUCCUGGACGAGGCACUGCCGCGGCACAGCGACGCUCGAGUAUGCUCCCCCGGGCAAAGGGGAAGUCGAGGACCCGGCGACGAGAGAUCUGCAAUGGGCCAAGCACACCGCCAUCUACAACCAGCUCAUCGGAGACGCAUCGGGCGAGGACGUGGACGUCGACGCGUUCUACAACCACCUCCAGACCAUCGGCAUGGAAUACGGCCCCCUCUUCCGCAACGUCGUCUCCCUCAGGGCGUUGCCCUCGAUGAAAUCAUCCCACGGCAUCGUCGCGAUCCCGGACACCAGGUCAGCCAUGCCCGAGAACUUCGAGUACCCGCACAUCAUGCACCCUGCCGCCAUGGAUGCCAUCUUCCACCUCCUCCUGGCCGCUUUCAACGACGGUCGACCGGUCGACGAGGCGGCCGUGCCGUAUAGCAUUGGCGACAUGUUUGUUGCGGUGGACCAGCCUCACGGCGCGGGUGGCAGGUUCCAGGGAUAUGGCCAGUUGACGUAUAAGAGCGACGACGGCCAUGAAAUUGCCGGUAACUUGAUCGUGUCGGACGAGACGUGGUCGGGGCCCAAGUUGACGGUGAAGGACUUUGCGCUGCGUCAGGUCACGUCGGCGCAUGCUUCCAAGACUACUACGGACGCCAGGGAUAUGAAGAAGUGUGCCCGCGUUGACUGGUCCCGCGAGUUCCCCUUAAUCGAGAGUCUCAAGGACAUGGCAGACGUCCUGGCCAACUUGGACGCUGAAGAAGUCAAGGUUCCUUCUGAAGUCUUCCUCCUCGUCCCCUCGGUCGAGUCUCGCGCAACAUCAGCCCUGGUAUCAACUCUGACAGAAACUCUCGCCUCCUUGAACAUUACAACGAGUGAAAAGAACCUCACCACCAUUGACCAGGAGAAUUUGAUCGGGACAUACAUCGUCUCGCUAUUAGAAGUCUCCUCUCCUCUCAUCUACUCCUGGUCCGCCGCCGAAUUCGCAUCCUUCAAGAACAUCGUCUCCAAGGCAGACCACCUCUUCUGGGUCACCAGGGGCGGUCUCCUAGAGAACUGGGCCGGCGGCGCUGACUUCGCCCCAGCCCAGGGCCUGCUCCGAGUCCUCCGAAACGAGUACACGCUGACCAGACUGCCGCAUCUGGACCUCUCGGCCCCGUUCGACCUCGCCAGCCCGUUGAAUGCCGAGCUGAUCGCCAAGGUAUGGCUCGCGUCGCUGGGGCCGGACGCUGAGAUGGAAUUCGCCGAGUCGGCGGGCAGGAUUCAUGUCCCGCGCGCGGUGGACGAGCCUGGAUUCGAUGCGGAGCUGCGUCUUGCAAGCGGUGAUCCGAAACCCGUCGAGACGAGGCUUGGGGACUUGUCAAACAAGCCCCUGAAACUGGCCGUCGACCCGGUCUCCCUGAAAUGCCGGGGUGAUGAGGACGUUGCCAUGAGGGACGCGGCGCUUGGUUCUGAGCAUGUCGAGAUUGAGGUCGAGCUUGUAGGACUCGCGUCUCGCAGCUGCUGGGCCAGGGAUGCCGUCGGCGUGGUUUCGCGCUGUGGCGAUCAGGUCCGUCUCCUCUCAGUCGGACAGCGUGUCGCCGUCAUCCAUAGCGAAGCCAACAAGACGAAGAUGCGCCUACAUCAAAGCCAGGCCGUACCGAUUCCGGUGGGCUUGUCUCCCCUGGACGCCUCGAGCCUGUCUUUCCCUUUUGUCAGCGCGCUGUAUGCCCUCCGCGAAACGGCCUCCCUGCGUCGCGGACAGAGCGUGCUCGUCAACAGCGCCGCCAGUGAUCUGGGCCAGGCUGCCGUCCAGGUCGCCGGGAUGAUUGGUGCCAGAGUAUUCGCCCUGGUCGCCAGCAGGACUGAAAAGGAGAUUCUCACUACCAAGUACGGUCUGUCGACGUCACAGAUCUUCGAUUCCAACUUGGAGACUUUCAUCGCCGCUAUCGAUGAAGCCACCGAGGGUCGCGGUGUAGAUGUCAUCUUCAACCCUCGCGUUAACGCUGCCACUGCCACAAGCGCACGUAUCAUGGGGGACUUUGGUUACUUCCUCGACUUGAGUAGCGAGGGUGAAGCGUCGUCUGGCCCGGCCGUUUGUCUGCCGGCGUCUAAGCGCAAUGCUACCCUCGCGCGUGUCGACAUGGACCGGGUCAUCGAGCAUCAGCCUAAGGUUGCCACUACGCUUCUUCACCAGACGUUCCAGGAUCUUGCCCGCCGUCAGUUGAUCACCCCUCCUGCUCCCAUUACCACCUAUUCUGUACAGGAUCUUCACAAGGCGGUCGAGACGCUAAAGACCCCCGAAACCGUCUCCGGCAGGGUCGUCGUGUCGUUGGAUGAAGAUGCUACCAUCCUGGCCAUGCCACCGCCUGCACAGCCUCUCGUCCUCGAGGAGGAUGCCACGUACGUCCUCGCCGGUGGUUUGGGCGCUCUCGGCCUCGAUAUCGCCAACAUGAUGGUAAAGCACGGCGCCAAGCACCUCGUCUUCCUUUCAAGAUCCGGCGGCAGCAAGAACGAGAAGGACCUGGAAGGCUUCCGCGCCCGUGGCUGCCAAGCCGAGGCCUUCCCGUGCGACGUAACCGACGCAUGUAGCGUCGCCACCGUCUUCCAAGCCCUCAAGUCCCGAGGCCGCACCAUCAAGGGCAUAGUCCAGUGUGCCAUGGUCCUGGAGGACACCAUCUUCGACAACAUGACCCACGAGAAAUGGACGCGCGCCUUCCUCCCCAAGACGCGCGGAUCCCGCAACCUCCUCGCCCAGCUCUGGCCCGGCGACGACCCUUUCUUCCUCCUCCUCUCCUCCAUCACCGGCAUCAUCGGCAACACCGCCCAGGCAAACUACGCAUCCGGCAACACCUUCGAGGACGCCCUGGCCAGCCACGCCCGCGCCCACCUCGGCAUCCGCGCCACCAGCAUCGACGUCGGCCUCGUUUCCGACUCGUCCCACUUCACCGCCGCAGGUGAGUUCGGGGACCUCGACCACUAUCUCCACCGCUACCAGCACGGGUGGACGGGCCUUCAGACGAACCUGGACGAGUUGCGCGUGGCCCUCACGGCCGUGAUGCGCGGUGCGACGGCCGACGGGGGCCGCAUCCCUGGCCAGUUUGUCCUGGGGCUGGGUGACAAGCUUGUCCGGAAGCGCGGCGGGACCGGAUUUGAGCGCGACCGGAAGUUUGACCUGCGUGUCGUCCAGGUUGUUGUCAAUGAGGGGGCUCGGGGGGGCGGCGUUAAGGAGGAGUCGGUGGGUGAGAAGCUUGCUGCUGCUGCGACGCUGGCGGAGGCGGCUGCGGCGGUUGAGGCGAGCUUGAAGACGCAGAUUGCCGGUUCUAUUGGCGUCGGUGUUGAUGAAGUGGAUGUGCAGCGGCCCCUGCCGGAUUUUGGAGUGGAUUCUCUCAACGCAGUCGAGAUCCGGAACAGGGUAUUAAAGGAAAUGCAGAGCGAGAUUUCCGUCUUUGAGUUGCUGAGUGCCACGCCCGUGACGGAUUUGGCCGUCAAGAUUGCCUCGAGAAGUGGUUUGGUCAGUUCGGAGGCUCGUCAGGAUGUGCAGGGAGGAGGAUGA